AGGACCAGACGAACAGGGAAGACGUGGCGCUGUGAAGAUAGUAUCUGUAAAACCGACAGACGACACUCGACAUUGGGAAACUAAAGCCCGCGAUGUCGUUCACAAAGAAGUCUGUGAAGACACGACUCCCGAAGGACAUGCCGAAGGAAGAGAUUGACGAGUUGCGACAGGCCUUCUGGGAAUUUGACCGUGACCGCAGCGGAACGAUCGACGGGAAGGAGCUGAUCAACGUGAUGCGGUCCCUGGGCCUGAACCCGACCGACCUGCAGGUGGUGGAGCUGAUCGACUCCGUGGACACGGACGGGAGCGGCACCAUCGACUUCCCGGAGUUCGUGCAGCUCAUGACCCAUCAGCUGAAGGACACGGCCGCGGCCUACAGCGAGGAGAUGCUCAGCGAGGCACUGCGGGUGUUCGACCGGGACGGGCUCGGGUACGUGUCGGCCCAUGAGCUGAGACAUCUCCUCACGCACAUCGGAGACAGGAUGACCAACCGCGAAGUGGACGAGCUCCUGAAGUUAGCUGACGUGGACUCGGAUGGACAGUUUAACUACCAUGACUUUGUCAGAGCACUGGCGGGCUACUGCCAGCAACAGCCAAAAAAGAAGGUUGUACGCUUUUGAUUCCCACCCCCAUUAUGUCAACAGACAUGUACAUUUUGAAAAUUAAGGACUCACUGAAAGUGUGUCCCUUGAAUAAAUAGAGCGAUACAUUUUUUUUCAUGCCGUUGGUACUGAUCCCAGAUGACGGUGUGAUUAAAAAACGCAGUUGCUGUGUUGAAGGGGAGUCACACCUCCGUAUAGAGACAACACCCGUAUGUGGAGGUACGAUCGUUUAUUGAUUGAUAAGUGGCCGUCUAUUUACGGCGGCACGUAAUCAGAUCCGAAGAUGGAGCGAGUCUUUCCUUGUUUAUUUAUUGAUUGAUUGAUUGGUUCGAAGUUGCUACUAUGGGCAACUCCGUAUAGGUGCAGAUUCUCCUGACAUUUCAAAUGGCGUCAUGUCGAAUACGCGGAUAUCUAUCACCACUUCCCCGUUCUAGCGGACUCAGAGUACGCUGUGGUAGUCACUUCAGAUGCAGAAUACGUGUACUUGCGGCUAUUUUGAUCCUUUCGUCAUAGCAUUUGUUUUAAACACGACUAUAGUAUAGGGACAAGUAGAGAGCUAAUUCUACAGCUAGUAGUGUGUCCUUCCUGAGAAGGACACAGUAAACCCCAGCCUUUCGAGUGGCCGAAACAGCUGUUAGCCACCAACCUCCCUGAUGGUUGCCAACGCUUUAUACCUUCAUUGUACGAAACGAUCUAGUAUUUGACUUGUGAAUGUGCAAACAAUUAUCAACCGCUCAAAGAACCCCCAGGACUUCCCUGCACCGUCACGUGUGGUAACGUCGGGUCAGUUUUGUAGUAGAUUAAGUGGAUGUUGAACUGACGAUCGGGUAACAACGCGCCAAUUAGUCUUGGCCUCUUUACACUUGCGUGUGCCAACUGGGCAAGAACCGUCUGCUCUGGAACAAUGGCAUCGCUCUGCUUACUACGUGCUUGGUACAACUGUGUCUGGGACAUGUCGCGUCGAUUUGAAUUGUACCUUUCUUCAUUUCCAGUAAUAUU